UGUAGUCGUGCUCGCGCUACGCGGUCCCGUUGUUCUGGCCCACACGACCAGCGUGAAAUUCAUUUUACUUCACUUGCAGUAUUAUCCGCCGAGGACCGAGUGGCAAUAUGAAGGUGAAAAGCAUAGACUGCCGCCGUCUUAAAAAAAUCCUAAGGAAGGAACGUGGGAGCUGUCUCGUUGUGGAUUGUCGCCCCUACUUUUCAUUCACAAACUCGAGCAUCAAAGGGUCCGUGAACGUGAACCUGAACUCGGUGGUGGUGCGCAGGUCGCGCGGCGGUCCCGUGCCGCUCCACUUCGUGAUCCCGGACGAGCGCGCGCAGUACCGCCUUCGCGAGGGCAGCAUCUCGGCCGUGGUGGCGCUGGACGACCGGACGCCCCACUGGCAGAAGCUGAAGAAGGACAGCAUCGCGCAGAUAGUGAUCAACACGCUGUCGCACCUGGCGAGCGGGACCAACAUCUGCUUCCUCAAAGGAGGAUAUGAGAACUUCCACUCCCAGUACCCUGAACUCUGCACAGAGUUGAAACCCCUCCCGCAGAGCGGUACUGAAAGCGAAAAAAUGGUGGGGAUGAACCUGUGUGAGAAACUCGGCGCCCAGCACACGCCAGAUUACGAUCAGGGGAAGCCUGUGGAAAUCCUGCCUUUCCUCUACCUCGGUAGUGCCUACCAUGCCUCCAGGCAGGACUAUCUCGGCGACCUUCACAUCACAGCCCUCCUCAAUGUGUCCCGGAGAGACACGGAGCCAUCCAAAGGUCACUUCAAUUACAAAUGGAUUCCGGUGGAGGACAGUCAUACAGCAGACAUUCACUCCCAUUUCCAGGAGGCUAUUGAAUUUAUCGAUGGUGUGAAGCAGGCUGGGGGGAAGGUCCUCGUCCACUGCGAAGCCGGUAUCUCCAGGUCACCCACCAUUUGCAUGGCCUACAUCAUGAAAACCAAGCGACUGCAGCUCGAGGAAGCGUUCGACUUCAUCAAGCAAAAGCGGACACUCAUCUCUCCGAACUUUGGCUUUAUGGGCCAGUUGCUCCAGUUUGAAACUGAAAUCUUUUCCUCCCCUGCUGCUGCCACCCCCUGUGGCCAAGAGACUGUGUCAUUCACCUUCAACAAAAACUUUGAAUCCUCAGUGUUUAAUCUUCCCAAUGCCUUCCUGGCACCUGGGCCCCUUCAGUCACCAGUCCACCAGUUAAAGCUAAAUCCCAUAACUGCGCUGCCUUAAUGUUGCCGCUCAGAAUCCCGUUGGUCUCCGAAUACUUGAAGAAGGACGUUCAUCUCAUGUCCACACUUUCAGAACAGGGAAACUGGAUUUUCUUGAAGGAGAAACUGAGAUAAAGAAUGAAAGGGUUAAGGACAAAGAACUCUAACACGUUCAUACGGACUCCGUUGCCUUUUGUUUCUUUAGUAAAAACAGCAAUAUCUGCCUUACCUUGAUGUUGUGAUCUUUGCCUGUUGAGAAUUUGGGCAGGCAUUAAUUUAUUUUCUCAUUAACAUUUCAGUGGAAUUGUCAACACAAUUUUGCCAAAUAAAAAAAAUGGUAAUUUCAAAGUUUGUCCUGGUAUCUCUUCCAAAAAAAAAAAAAAAAAAAAACACAAAUGUAAUAAAAGACAAACAUUUUUGUACGAGGUUUCUGAUUGGGGCUUUAUUCUGUUCAUUUUGGUGGGCUAUUGCAUGAAAUAUUACCAAUGAUGACGGUGUAACAAUUUUCGUAGUCUGCAUUAACUCCACACGUUAUGUAACUUGUGGAGAGUUUUCUGGAACUUACCACAUCGUUU